GCCAAUUCUGAUGAUGAUAGUUUUGUGUUAACACACGUACGCGAUCCUGGGGGAAGUGUCACAGAGUUUCCUACAAUUUGCGCAACGAGGGUGCAGCGUAGGCCGGGUCAUUUAGGAAAAAUUAUUGUAUGAAACUCUAUGGGAAGUACCCCUUAAUAGCUUCGCUGUAAAAUGGUGACGAGGUUGCUGAAUAAAAUUGUUGCGGGUCGGCUCCGUGUGUGUAUCACCAGUGUCUCUGUUUCCAUUGUCCGCAACACGCUGCAUAAUUUUACUAAAAGCAGGAGCGCCGUGUGCAACAUCACGGUAGUCUUGGUCUAUAGAGCAGCCCGACUACGGUUCUUGCCGAAUACAAAAUUGAGUUUUGUAUUGCUGCAUGCGCAAUAGGACGCAACUUUCUUGCAUGGUCGUUCAAGCCAGCUCACAUUACCUGCGAUGGUGGUAUACAUAAUUGCAAAAAAAAAAAAAAGUGUGCGCCAUGUUCUCGCAGAUGCCUCUCGUGAAAGACCGCAUCGUGCACUCUCCCUUCCCGGACGUCCAUAUACCGGAUUGCACGUUGUACAACUUCAUCGCUAGAUUCCUAAAGCGAUAUGCAGACAAGAUUGCCUUUGCGGAAGGGGACGAGAGCAUGAGCUACGCGUUCCUGCAGACGCGCCUGCACCAAUACGCCAUGGGCUUCCACAAGCAUGGCCUGAGGCGUGGUGACCGCUUCAUCGUAGCCGUGGACAACACGAUGGACGCGCUGAUCUCCAUCCUGGCACUCAUGUUCUCGGGAUGCGUGGCCUGUUUCGCCAGCGGGCCCAGAACGUCGCAUGAGUUGGCUUAUCAAGUCAAAGACGCCGGGGCAUCGUUCUGCCUCACGGACAGCGACAACUUGGCGUAUAUCCUCGACGAACAGCAUCGGUGCCGUUUCAAGAUGAUAUUCGUGAUGCGGGACACACCAGGGUUCGUGUCCGUGGCCUCGUUUCGGAAGAUGCCCGAGAUGGCGCUUCUGGAGCUUCAGGAACAAGACACAAAGAAGGCGCUUUGCGCGAUCGCUUACACGUCGGGCACCACGGGCGAUGCCAAGGGAGUUAUGGUGUCGCAGUACAGUUUCAUAGCCGCUAUCCAGAGUAUCAGGGCAAUGAAGUGCGCCGGUGAAAACGAAGUGCUCAUAGUAUUGUGGAACCUGUACUCCGUGAGCGCGAUACGCCUCUUCAUGGAAGCGCUCUGCAACGGAAGUACGUCGGUAAUCGUGAAGCCGAAUCAUGGAAGUGCAAAGAUGUUUGAAGCGAUCAAGAAGCACAAGGUGACGACGCUAUACGGAUCGGCCACACCCUUGCAGCGGCUUGUGCGCGAAGCGCUCAGCGCGGGCGAGACGCUGAAGAGUGUCACACGCGUCGGCAGCAUCGGCGGCACUCUGCCCGAGACAGCCGUGGAGCAAAUGCGGAGCGUGUUCGACCUGCGCAAGCUAGGGCACGCGUACGGGCUCACCGAGGCCGCCGGCUUGGUUCUGGCGCCACCGUUUCAUGACGUCACCGUCGCUUACCUCGGCUACGCGUGCCCUGGAGUGCUCAUCAAGGUGGUUGACGUCACCACAAGAGAGCCCCUUCCUGCUGAAAGAACUGGCGAAAUUUGCGUGAAGAUUCCUAGCGUCAUGAUGGGUUACUUAAACAAGCCGGAGCUGACAAAGCAGGUCCUUGACUCCGAAGGCUGGCUCUUGUCCGGAGAUUGCGGCUACUACGACGAGGGCGGCCGCGUGCACUACAUAGACCGGCUCAAGGACACAAUUAAGUGCCGCGGCUUCCACGUUCCAACUCCGGAGCUGGAGCAUCUCAUCAGCUCGAUGGCCGAAGUGAGCGAAGUUGCCGUAGUCGGCGUGCCCUCUGCCGAGUACCAGGAUGCACCGAUCGCGUUCGUUGUGCCCAAGCCCCCCGCCGUCGGGAGCGUUGCCCUCGCCCUCAAGAUCAAGCAGUACGUGGCAGCAAGAACGCCAAGCCACAUGCACUUGUAUGGAGGCGUAGUCUUCACGGACAGCCUACCACGGAACGAAAUAGGAAAAGUACUGAAGAGGGAGCUUAGAAAGAUCGCGGCUGACAAAGAUACGGUCAAGCUCUGAAGCAAAUUGCGUAAUAAUAUGUCAUGGGCUGGAGUUUGUUCUUUGAAUCUGACGCUGCCAUUAACUUGAUGAAUGAUUUGCAUAUUAAUAUGACACGGAUGAAGUUUAGUUAUUUCACGUGCUCGGAAGGAAACCGAUGCUGGCGUUAACAGACUGGGAGAUGUUGCGCAAUCCGCGCUUGUUUUGCAUCUCAUUUCAAACGUUGCUCUAGUUUGGCAGUUUUGUCUCCUAUAAGGCAGCAAGCCUUUCUUAAUGGCAUAUCGCCAUCAUGAACGCAUCUGUAGUUCACAUAUGGCGGUAAUCGUCGCAUUUCUUGGUACGUCGAAGCCUUUAACUAGUGUCACCACGUCAUUCUCUAACGUGCUCUUUACUGUUCGCUUAUGAUCGCGACUACCUUCGCCACGAACGCUGAGUACUGCUGUAGUAGCACAGUGCACAUGUGUUCAGCUGACAUGAGAGGGGGUCAAGAUGCUUCUAAUAAAUGAAAUGAGUGCUUUUGUUA